AGUACGUUUACGAAGAGCAUGCCAGACUCAUACGUUGUGACGGACUCUGGCAAUUUCGUGCCGCGCGAAGUGGCGAGGAUCAUCCAUGAUUUCGAGAAUAAAUGUCAUGCAUCUCUGGACAACUUGGUGGGCACUUGGUGUCGCUCAGCUUGCAAG